AAUAAACGAACAUGGUGUUGUCGGGAUGUCAGUAGCGUGUUACAUCACUUGCGGUUCGCAAUAAUACUUUUACCCGUUAAAAACCAUCGUUUUUAGAUUUAAUUGUUGAAAUUUGCAAACAGCACAUCGUCAUUGCAAUGACCAUACGAUUUUCCUAAGAUCCAUACUAAAGCUGGGCUUUCGGGAAGUGUUUUUCGUUGGAAAAUGUCCGACAACAGUGAGCAGUUGAUCUGCAAUCGCUGUUAAUUUUUUAGACCAAAUAUACUAAAAGAAAAACUCCUCCGCCAUCAAGAAAAAAAAAACAAUUUCACCCAAAAGUUGUAUUAAAUUUUUUAUAUUUAUUUUUCUUCAGAAAAUAAUUUACUCUCCCAUGAGCUGUGUAUAUUAGAUGUGAUAUAGUCAAACACUGUUUGAAAAGUUUAACAAUUGGAGUCAAGAAAAAAAGAAGAUUAGGAUUAACUCUUAGUGCUAGACAAUAAACAAAAAAAUCUUUGAUUAUAAUUUUGCUAUUCCUUAAAAAUGGCGGCCUAUUUGAACCGAACAAUCUCUAUGGUGACUGGAUCACAAACAUCAACGCCAUAUGAUGCAAACGCCCUUACGGACACAACGGCACGCUCAUUACAAAAUGCCGGCACCGAAAAAUCACCUUUGCAGGUUUUUGUGCGUGCUAAAAAGAAAAUAAACGACAUAUAUGGAGAAAUAGAGGAAUAUGUUACGGAAACUACGCAAUUUAUUGGAGGUUUACCACAAGAAAUCGAAAUCGUCGACAAAGAAGAAAAAGAACUGUUCCAGAGCUAUGUGCAAAAAGUUGCAGCCAUUCGAGAAGUUCUCUCUCGGGAUCACAUGAAAGUGGCCUUUUUCGGCAGAACUUCCAACGGUAAAAGUUCUGUAAUCAAUGCCAUGCUGCGUGAAAAAAUCUUACCCAGUGGUAUCGGCCAUACAACCAACUGUUUCUGUCAAGUGGAAGGCGUGGAUGGUCAGGAAGCGUAUUUAGUGAAAGAGGGAUCAGACGAAAAGCUGAGCGUGGUGAGCAUCAAACAAUUAGCGAACGCCUUAUGCGAGGAAAAACUGAGUGAAAGUUCGCUAGUACGAAUAUACUGGCCACGGGAACGUUGCAGUCUUUUGCGAGAUGAUGUUGUAUUUGUGGAUUCGCCUGGUGUAGAUGUGUCGCGUAACUUGGAUGAUUGGAUCGACAAUCACUGCCUGAACGCUGAUGUUUUUGUUCUGGUGCUAAAUUCAGAAUCAACAAUGACCCUCGCUGAGAAGUCCUUCUUCCACACAGUCUCGCAAAAACUUUCGAAACCCAACAUAUUUGUAUUGAACAAUCGUUGGGAUGCAUCGGCCAGUGAACCGGAAUUUCAAGAUUCUGAUUUGGAGAAAGUCAAAUCCCAACAUCAAGAAAAGUGCAUCGAUUUCCUGGUAAAUGAACUGAAAGUCAGCUCCGAGAAAGAGGCCGCAGAGAGGGUUUUCUUCGUGUCAGCAAAGGAAACACUACAGGGCCGUUUGCAAGAAGCCCAGGGCAACCCUGCGCAUCUGGGAGCUAUAGCCGAAGGUUUCCAAAAUCGUUACUUUGAAUUUCAAGAUUUUGAACGUAAGUUCGAGGAAUGUAUUUCAAAGAGUGCGGUGAAAACUAAAUUCGAGCAACACAGUUCCCGUGGCAAAAGUAUAGCUUCUGAUAUGAGGCUGAUGUUAGAUAACAUCUUCGACAGGGCUAAUGUCUUGCGUAAUAACAAACUGGACCAGAAAAAGUCACUAACAGAUCGCAUUCAAAAAACUGAGAAUCAACUAAUGCUGGUUACCCGUGAAAUGAAGUUGAAAAUACACAGCAUGGUUGAAGAGGUGGAACAAAAAGUUGCAAAAGCCCUGAAUGAGGAAAUCUGGCGCUUGGGUGUACUCGUCGAUGAAUUUAAUAUGCCCUUCCAUACUGAACCCCUUGUCCUGAAUAUUUACAAAAAGGAAAUCAACAGUCACGUAGAGGCCGGUCUUGGAUCUAACCUGCGCGCUAGGCUUUCGAUGGCACUCGCUAUGAAUGUGGAAGCAGCUCAAAGGGAAAUGACGGAGCGAAUGCACGCUUUGAUUCCUUCAGAAAAAGUUGCUGCGCAUACCAAACAAAUCGUUACACGACCCCAACCCUUUGAAAUGUUGUACUCACUGAACUGUCAGAAUCUGUGUGCAGAUUUUCAAGAAGAUUUAGACUUCAAAUUCUCAUGGGGAAUAACUGCGAUGAUUCAAAGAUUCACUGGAAAGGCCAAAUCGGGCAAGAAGCAAGCGGCAAUUACAUCCGGUCGGGAAGGUGCCAACAAUUCUAAUAUUCAAAAUAUCCUAUCGCCUGUAAGCACAGAAGUAGAUUCACCAAUGUGUCUUAUGCCAAACCAACAGGGUAUAACCCAGGAGCAAUUAUCGAUGAUUUCAAGAAUCGCUGUGGCCUCAAUUGGUUCACAGGGAACUGUUGGUGGUUUAUUAGUGGCUGGCAUUCUACUAAAAACCAUUGGAUGGAGAGUUCUUGUCGGAGUUGGGGCUCUAUACGGCUGUGUAUAUCUAUAUGAGAGAUUAUCUUGGACCAACUCAGCGAAGGAACGAGCGUUUAAGGGUCAAUACGUCCGCCACGCCACCAAGAAACUCAAAAUGAUUGUAGAUUUGACAUCUGCCAACUGCAGCCACCAAGUUCAACAAGAACUCUCAAGCACAUUUGCUCGUCUAUGCCGUGUUGUCGACACCGCUUCUAUCGAAAUGAACGAUGAACUGAAGGCCAUCGAGGGAUCACUAAACGUUCUCGAAGCGAAUCAGAAACAAAUGAAACUUCUUAGGAACAAAGCGAAUUACAUUACAAAUGAAUUGGAGAUCUUUGAGACGAAUUACAUCAAAGCAAACUGAGUGGAAAUACGCAAUUCUAGGGCAUUAACUGAUUCCCAGGCCGUAGUUACGUUGUUGUUAGUUUCCUAAACGCCUUUAUAUAUGUUUUAACUUGAACAAAACGUAUUUAAGUUAUCAAAAUUGUUUUCUAGCUUUAUUUUCGUACAUAACGAAUAAAAUAGGACGGACUCAUUUCUUGUCACUGGGUAAGUGUGAGAUAUCUAUAGAUGCUUGUAUAGCGAUUGUUUAGGUAUCCGCGUACCCAGCGAUGAUUUGUUGUAACUACCUGUUUUGUUAUAUUGUAUAUAAUUUGUGGGAAUAGAAAUGCGAUUUGAAAUAAAACUUGGAAAUAUAAA